AUGGCUCCAAAAGGAAAGAAGGUGGCACCAUCCCCAUUUGCUGCCAAGUCAAGCAAAUCUGCCGAAUCCAAGAACCCAUUGCUCGAAUCCACUCCAAAGAACUUUGGUAUCGGUCAAUCCAUCCAACCAAAGAGAAACUUGUCCAGAUUUGUCAAAUGGCCAGAAUACGUUAGAUUACAAAGACAAAAGAAGAUCUUGUCCCUCAGAUUGAAGGUCCCUCCAUCUAUUGCCCAAUUCAACCAAACCUUGGACAAGAACACUGCUGCUCAAGCUUUUAAAUUGUUCAACAAGUACAGACCAGAAACCGCUGCUGAAAAGAAGGAAAGAUUGACCAAGGAAGCUGCAGCUGUUGCUGAAGGUAAGUCCGCUAAGGAUGCCUCACCAAAGCCAGUUGUCGUCAAGUAUGGUUUGAACCACGUUGUUUCUCUUGUUGAGAACAAGAAGGCUAAGUUGGUUCUUAUUGCCAAUGACGUUGACCCAAUUGAAUUGGUUGUUUUCUUGCCAGCUUUAUGUAAGAAGAUGGGUGUUCCUUACGCUAUUGUCAAAGGUAAGGCUAGAUUGGGAACCUUGGUUCACAAAAAGACCUCAUCUGUCGCUGCCUUGACUGAGGUUUCCUCUGCUGAUGAAGGUGAAUUGUCAAAAUUGAUUUCAACUAUUGAUGCCAACUACUUGCAAAAAUACGAAGAAAACAAGAAACACUGGGGUGGUGGUAUCAUGGGUUCUAAGGCUAAUGACAAAUUGGCCAAGAAGGCCAAGGCUGCUGCUGCUGCUGCUUAA